AUGCCUGCCGUCAAGCAAUUCAACGGUCGAAACGGCCAGCAAGCCGCCUCCUCCACCAUCAUCGACAUCCGAGGUGACCCCGUCGAGAUCGACCUCAAGAAUGAGAUCCUCGCCAUGAUCAACCCGGAGAACGGCCCCCGCAAGCUUCCCACUCUCCUUCUAUACGACAUGCGGGGCCUGCAGCUCUUUGAAGAUUCUGACACCCCAGUCCUCAAGAUCACCUACCUAGACGAAUAUUACCUCACGGGCCACGAGAUCAGCAUCCUCAGAGCCCAUGCAAGGGACAUUGCAUCCAAGGUCCCCUCCGGUGCCAUCCUCGUAGAACUGGGCAGCGGAAACUUGCGCAAGGUCAAUCUACUCCUCCAGGCUUUCGAGGAAGCAGAGAAGCAGAUAGACUACUAUGCCCUCGACCUGUCGCGCGAUGAGCUGCAGCGCACGCUCGCCGAGCUCCCCGACUUCAAUUACGUCACUUGCCGUGGUCUAUGGGGCACGUACGAUGAUGGGCGUGAGUGGCUCAAGACGAUUGAUGACCGCCCCAAGUCCAUUCUCCAUCUUGGAUCGAGCAUCGGAAACUUUCUCCGCGACGAGGCGGCCAAGUUCCUCUCCGAGUUUGCCGACGUCAUGCAACCACAAGACACAUUGUUCAUAGGAAUCGACUCAUUCAUCCUCAACGGCCUCUCCCACGCCAACACCAUCUUCGGCCAGGAAAUCUUCCACCUCCCCGACUGGACCGUAGUAGGCGAGUACGUCUACGACAAGGAAGGUGGGCGGCACCAAGCCUUUGUGAUGCCGCUGCGGGACGUCGAAGUAAUGGGCCACCACAUCCCGCGCCUGGAGCGCAUCAAGAUCGAGCAGAGCCACAAGUAUUCCGAGCUCGGGUCCUCCAACCUGUUCAAGAUGGCCGGGCUGGACGAGGUGGACCGCUGGACGCGCGGGGACGAGUACGGCGUCCACCAGCUCCGGAGGGCGCAAAUCCCCUUCCCUCUCGACCCGGGACGGUACGCCGCCUCCGUCGUCCCCACCCCGGACGAGUGGCGCUCCCUGUGGACAGCCUGGGACACCGUCACCCGGCAGAUGCUGCCGGAGCAGGAUCUCGCCGAGAAGCCCAUCAAGCUGCGCAACGCGUGCAUCUUCUACCUGGGCCACAUCCCCGCCUUCCUCGACAUACAGCUCACCAAGACGACCGGCCAACCCCCGACCGCUCCGGGAGAGGUCUACUACGACAUGUUCGAGCGCGGCAUCGACCCGGACGUAGACGACCCGGAGAGGUGCCACGACCACUCCGAGCUGCCGUCCGAGUGGCCGCCCGUCGACGCCAUCGUAGCCUUCCAGGACCGCGUGCGUGCCAGGCUCCUGAGCCUGUACGGUAGCGGACCCAAGUCCAGGGGGAGCACCACCGCCGCCGGGGACAUGCCCAGGCCCGUCGCGAGGGCCGUAUGGCUCGGCUUCGAGCACGAGGCCAUGCAUCUCGAGACCCUGCUGUACAUGAUGCUGCAGAGCCCCAGGACGCUGCCGCCGCCGCACACGGUCCGUCCCGACUUUGAGAGGAUGGCCCGCAACGCGUGCACUGCCAAGGUGCCGAAUCAGUGGUUCGAUGUGCCUGCGAGGACGAUCACCAUCGGUCUCGACGACCCGGAGGAUGAGGAUGACCCGACUCGUCACUUUGGAUGGGACAACGAGAAGCCCAUCCGGAAGCAGGCCGUUCACAGCUUCCAGGCCAAGGGACGUCCCAUCACCAACCAAGAGACGAACAAACCCCAGUACGCACAGUACAUGUACGCCACCAAGAGUGACCAGAUGCCCGCCUCGUGGACGUGGCAGGAGACAGCGUCACCCGGUAGCAACAGCGCCCGCGCCGACGGCACGAGCAGCGACUCCGAUCUCCCCACCUCGUUCGUGCAGGACAAGGCUGUCCGCACAGUCUACGGUCUCGUCCCGCUCAGCCAGGCCCUCGACUGGCCCGUCUUCGCGUCUUACGACGAGCUCUCCGGCUGCGCUGCCUGGAUGGGCGGACGCAUCCCCACGUUUGAAGAGGCCCGUAGCAUCUACGCGCAUGUCAUUGACUCUCGUCGCAAGAAGAAGAUACCAGGCCAGAAAUUGGCCGCUACAUUUCCCGCAGUGAAUGGCCACCUUGUCAACAACGGAGUCCAAGAGACCCCGCCAGACCUGAUCCCCGCUGCCGUCAAUGGGCACGGACCCGACAGCGGAGGAGAAGAGGAAAGAGAGGAUGGACUCUUCACGGACCUCGCGGGUGAGAACGUCGGUCUGCGCCACUGGCACCCCGUCCCCGUCACGCAGAGGGGCGACACCUUGGCGGGCCAGUCCGGCAUGGGCGGCGUGUGGGAGUGGACUAGCUCCCCGCUCGCCCGGCACGAGGGAUUCGCCCCGAUGGCCAUGUACCCGGGCUACACGGCCGACUUCUUGGACGGCAAGCACAACGUCGUCCUGGGUGGGUCGUGGGCCACGCACCCACGCAUAGCGGGGAGGUCGUCCUUUGUCAACUGGUAUCAGAGGAAGUAUCCCUAUGCUUGGGUUGGAGCCAGGCUCGUCAGGGAUGUGUAG